ACGGUGGCGAGUGUGUGGUCUGCCCGGUACCAACGGCGGAGGGAGGCUGCAGAGGUUCUGGCCGGAGCCCAGCCGGGCGCCGGGGGUCUGAGCAGCAAUGACUGCCGCGGCUGCGGUGAUCCCUCCGUCGGGCUUGGACGAUGGGGUGUCUCGGGCUCGCGGGGAAGGCGCAGGGGAGGCUGUGGUGGAGCGCGGGCCGGGAGCGGCCUACCACAUGUUCGUGGUGAUGGAAGACUUAGUGGAGAAGCUGAAGCUGCUCCGCUACGAGGAGGAGCUACUCCGAAAGAGCAAUCUGAAGCCCCCGUCCAGACACUACUUUGCUCUGCCUACCAACCCCGGUGAGCAGUUCUACAUGUUUUGCACUCUUGCUGCGUGGCUGAUCAACAAAACUGGCCGUGCCUUUGAGCAGCCUCAAGAAUACGACGAUCCCAAUGCAACUAUAUCUAAUAUACUUUCUGAGCUUCGCUCUUUUGGGAGGACUGCAGAUUUCCCCCCUUCAAAAUUAAAAUCUGGUUAUGGAGAACAUGUAUGCUAUGUUCUGGACUGUUUAGCUGAAGAAGCAUUAAAAUAUAUUGGUUUCACUUGGAAAAGGCCAUCAUACCCAGUGGAAGAGCUAGAAGAAGAAACUGUUCCGGAAGAUGAUGCAGAGUUAACAUUAAGUAAAGUGGAUGAAGAGUUUGUGGAAGAGGAGACAGAUAAUGAAGAAAACUUUAUUGAUCUCAAUGUUUUAAAGGCCCAGACCUAUCGCUUGGACACAAACGAGUCUGCCAAGCAAGAAGAUAUUUUGGAAUCUACGACAGAUGCUGCGGAAUGGAGUCUAGAAGUCGAACGUGUACUACCGCAGCUGAAAGUCACGAUUAGGACUGACAAUAAGGAUUGGAGGAUCCAUGUUGACCAAAUGCACCAGCAUAAGAGUGGAAUCGAAUCUGCUCUAAAGGAGACCAAGGGGUUUUUGGACAAGCUCCAUAAUGAAAUUAGCAGGACUCUGGAAAAGAUUGGCAGCCGAGAAAAGUACAUUAACAAUCAACUUGAGCACUUGGUUCAAGAAUAUCGUGGGGCCCAAGCCCAGCUAAGUGAGGCGAGGGAGCGCUACCAGCAGGGCAAUGGUGGAGUAACGGAACGGACUAGACUCCUGUCUGAGGUUACAGAAGAAUUAGAAAAGGUAAAACAAGAAAUGGAAGAGAAGGGCAGCAGCAUGACGGACGGCACGCCUUUGGUGAAGAUUAAGCAGAGCCUAACCAAGCUGAAGCAAGAAACUGUUCAGAUGGACAUUAGGAUCGGUGUUGUGGAGCACACGCUACUGCAGUCAAAGCUCAAGGAGAAGUGUAACAUGACCAGAGACAUGCAUGCCGCUGUUACUCCGGAGUCAGCAAUCGGCUUCUAUUAAACGCAUGGCCUUUCAUGCUUCUCAUAUUUGGUUUUUAUAUCAAAUGAUUUUUUUAAUGUAACAUGGAUUUCCAAACACAGUUUAUACUUCUUCAGGCAUAUUCAGUGGGUAUUUUUGCACAUGUGUUAUAUCUUGGUGAUUAUGAUGGCUAAAACUGUUACAAUGAAUAUAUUAUUUAAUAAAAUCCUUCAAAUGAUCAUGG